AUGACCCUACCCACCAGCCUGGGGGAGCUCCAGCUGUACCGACUGCUGCAGCGAGCGAACCUGUUGGCUUACUACCAGACCUUCAUCCAGCAGGGGGGGGACGAUGUCCGCCAGCUGUGUGAGGCGGGGGAGGCCGAGUUCCUGGAGAUCAUGGUGCUGGUGGGAAUGGCCAAUAAACCCCUCCACGUGCGGCGGCUGCAGAAGCUCAAGAGGAAGACGGCGGAGUCGGGGUCGGGGGGCACCAGCGCCGGACACGACUCCCAGCCCCCGCCCCGCUCCCCGGCCAGCGAAGGACCCCCACCCACCGCCCCCGCCAAUACUCGGCUGUGCCUCCAAGACCGGACCCUGGUGAUGCGUCGAGUCGAUCUCUUCUCCGUCUGUCGCCCGGCGGCACGGGACUGCGCUUACCCUCACCCGGACAGGACCCGCAGAUCAAGCCCAGAGGAGACAAGUCCCCCACGAGACAAGAGGCUGAAACAAGAGGUCGUGUCGGGGGGUGAGGGGUCGGAGCCUCAGAGUCCCGCCCACGAGGGGUGCGGCCAGGACCGGGCGGAGCACAGCAGCGGCCAAUCAGAGGGGAGCCCGGGCGCCAACACGCACGGUGGGUAAACCUCGCGCCCUACGCAACGACGACGACAACAACGACAACAACUUGCCUUUACACGGCGCCCUUCGCGCGAGCCAGAGUCUCGGGGUGCUUGACGGUG